CCAGAAAUUCGUUUAAAAAAACCCGGGGAAUGUACGGGGAAAAACUUCAAAAUGUCCCUUUUAUUUUGCCUUAUUUGUUUUCUUAUAAAUUAUAUUAUUUAUUGGUUCAUGGUGAAGCACCCACAGUCCACAAGUAGGAGAUAAGGUUGUACAUGGGUCGGGUGGUUCAAUUUUAGUCAUUUUAAUCACCUGAUUCAUAUACUAUGGUUUUGGACAUACUAAAUCCAAACCCCACUCGAAAAAAAUAAGGAUAUUACGAUUUGCUUAUAGUUGGGUUGGAUUGAUGACACUUUUAAGUAAAAACCCAACCAAACACAAAAAACACAAAUAUUUUACAAAGGCAAAAUAUAACAAACUAAAAUUUCAAACAAAUAAACCAAGGUGAAAAGUAUCAAAAUGCGUAGAUGUUAUUUGGAUUUUAAAAAAUGCAAUUUGCUUUGUCAUAUGCCUAGUUUUUUCACAUAGUAUGUCAUUCUUCUAAAAUUGGAACAAAAAUAUUAUGUGAAGUAUAGCCUAUAUUAUGACACGUCUAAAUUUCAAGUCGAAAAAUACAUUAGGUUAGAAAGACCACAAGAAAAAAAAUAUGACAAAAUAUCUUAAUGUUCUCACAAACAUGCAAGCAUAUACGACACAAAUAUAUUAUUGGAAAUGAACACUUAUGAUCAUGGUUGUCAUGUCGGUUGCAUGGCGACCAGUUGAACUAGGUUCAACCUAGGGGUGGAUAUCAGUCAAUUUUGGUCUAACCGAAAACCGAAACCUCGAUUAUCGGUUAGCCGAAACACGCCCAAAUUUCCUCCGAAAACCGACCGAAGGAGACGUCUAGUUAUCCUGCCAACCGACCAAGCGGUAUUCGGUUUUGGUUCGCUUAUUCGCGAAACCAAAAAAUGAUGGCGUUGUUAGCGAUCGACAUGGUUGUGACGAGUGGCGACGAAGGCGGAGCAUGCUCUGUCUUUGCCGAUCUGCCCUGUCUGCCGAUGUUGGAGCCUCGUAGCUGCUCGACGCCUCGACGUGACGUGGCAAAGGAAGGAAGGUUACAGGAUGGUGACGAACUGCGAAGAAAGAAGGCGACGAGACAAGGAAGUAAGGCGAUUGGUUCUUCUGUCUCUAUUCGAUUGGGGAAGAGGAAGGAAAGCGACUGGACAACGAAGAAGCGCGGGGGAGUGGCGUGGUCGCAGGGAGACAGCGAGGUCAUAGGGUCAGCGAGGUCACACAGUGGCGGCGACGUCGUGGGGGCCCGCGAAGUCGCAGAGGAGGUGACGAUCACGGAGGAGUGGUGUGGUCGCGGGAGGGGAGGUUGCGCAUGUCGAGUUGGGGCCUAGGGUUGAAGGCGAGGUCGACGGAGGCCGGACGCGUUACCGACGACAUUGGGCAGCAGGGGAAGCGAUUGCGAAGCGGGAGAAUCGAUUGGGUUUUUAGUCUUCUGUCUGGUAGGAGACUACGGGUGGUGGAUUAGGCGGCGGAGGGGACUGGGGAGUGAUUGAGAAGACGGGAGAUGGAGGUGGUUAGGGUUCACCUUGGUGGUGGUGCGAGGUCGUUUUGGGAUGUUAGGGAGAGGGCUCGGUUAGUCGGGUAACCAAUGGUUUUCACCGUCGGUUACUCGGCUAGCCAAGCCCUCUCGUUCGCCGUCGGUUAUUUGAUAACCGCCUAUUAUCGGUUUUAACCGAUGCUUAACCGGCAACCGAUAACCGAUUUGUCAGCUCUAGUUCAACCUGUACCAAUCAUGAAAUUGAUAUGACACUACCGGUAUGAACAACAUGAUCGACUUACGAAUUCUAAACAAAAUGACCUCAUUUUAGUGGAUUGAAUUAAUAAAAAUUCAUUUAUUUAUUAAUUUCAUGAAUUUAAAGGAUAAAAGUUGAUGUUAUUUGUUGGAUUGUAAGUAAAGGGUAAAAGUUUAU